GCACCAGGAGAGGAGGAGGAGACAAGGGCUGUCAGGACACAGCACCCAACAACGUCCCGACUGACAGCUCUGUGAAAGACGCCGCAAAACACAGAACCCAACACCAACCUGACAGGCAGCCCCUCAGAACAAGCCACAGAUCGACAGCAAAGGAGGUCCUGGCACCGCAACGGCAACUUUGCGAACACUCCAGCAACUACUAAGUAGUCAGUGGCUACAGAGCAACUACAACAACAACCUUCACCAUAGCUCCACAGCCAGCCAGUGAUGAUGAUCUGCAGAAACCUGGCAGGGUCAGGGGAGUUCUGUGAGGAGGAGCUGGAGCUGUGCAUGCUGGGUCAGGGGGAGGAUAACGAAGGGAGCGACGGAAACCCCAAGGGCCCCUUCCAGGACAGUGAGGGCUCAGCCAGCAGCCCCCCCAGCGACGAUCCUGAGGAGGGCCAGGCCAAGAAGCGCAGCCGCCCAGUCCGCUCCAAGGCCCGCCGUGUGGCUGCCAAUGUCCGUGAGCGCAAACGCAUCCUGGACUACAACCAGGCCUUCAAUGCUCUACGUGUGGCUCUCAAACACGACCUUAGCGGCAAGAGGCUCUCCAAGAUUUCCACCCUGCAGAGGGCCAUCAACCGCAUCUCAGCCCUGUCUGUCUUCCUCAGCUCCAACCCCCCCAGUAAGCCCUGCUCCCACCGGGAGUGCCACAGGCCGGCUGGGGGGCCAUUGGCGGUGGGAAUGGUGAGGACGUCACGGCUGGACCCGCCCAGGGUGACAGUCGCUCCUCGCCAGGAGCCCCAAAGCUACAUCUCCUGGCACCAGGCAUCACUCCCUCACCAGCUAGAGCCCCAGCAGGGCACCCAUCCUCACAGGCUGCCAACAGAGACACACCUCUACAUGGACAGCAUGGGCUCCUCGUGUCCACCCUCACCACACUACCCCUGCUACUCCACCGAGGGCCAGUUGUACCCCUUACACGGACACUGUGGGAAAGGGAACCCCUUGGAGCAACUGCCCAGCUCUAUCAGGUACACCCAGGUGGGCGAGGGGCUGGGGUACCAGACGGGGGUGUGGGCCUCCUGCACUCAGGGCUACAUGGACUCGUUUGUGGACCCGUCUCCAGCCUUGGGCCUCCCCUGGCAGGUGAGCUACCUCCAGGAGACAGCAAGCCCCCAGCACAACCUGUCCCUGCUCUGACACUUGGACCAGACACGUUAGAGCCUAGCUAUGCACCACUAUGACCCCUGAAGCCUGGAGAAUAGACCAGCCAACUGUCCAAAUGAUCUCAGGGAAAAAUAAGAAAAAGUGAGCUUCAUGUGCUCUCACUGUUGCAAUGGAUUCAGUAUUACAGUGCUACUCUCUAAAGUAGAGCAGAGUCACUGAUUUAAAUGUGUUAUCUAACAAUGUAAAUAUGAUUGUCAUAUCUUGAAUGCAACGGCAAUGUACAUUUCAGCAUGUUUUAAACACGACCAUUCAAACCUGUUUUUUUAUUUCAAAUUAUAAAGCCAAUUAAUGUUAUUCUUAUAGAUGGAAAAGUUUCAACUGCUCAAAACACACACUUCACUUGUUGAGUGUUGAGUGUCUGGCAAUAUUGCCGCAAUCCUCUUU